CUUUCGUUCUUUCUCGCGUUUCGCACCCAGCGCUUCGCCUCUUCCUCCUUUGUCUCCUCCACAUCCCUUUCCUCUUCCCUGCGGAUGCCUCAGCCUCGCACCCCCGGCCCAGGAUCCCGGCAAAUGGUCGCUCCAUCCCCGGCAACUCUGGAAGCAGGACGCAGCGAAAAGGCGCACCAAUCCGUUGUGAUCUGAUCUGAGCACAUUGCGGAUUGACUGGAAGGAGAGGCGGACCAGGGGCACGAGGGAAACGAGGGGAAGCCGGACGCUGACAGUGCACAGGAUCUCAUUUCGCAAUGCCGGUGCCAGAUCAGCCCGCGGAGCAGGAGAAAGGGGCCAUGGUAGCCCCUGUGAUGCCAGCCUCCAAUGGAGAAAGAUCUGAGACGGAGACCACGUCCUCCAUCCUCGCCUCUGUCAAAGAGCAGGAGCUUCAGUUUGAACGCCUGACCAGGGAACUUGAGGCUGAGCGUCAGAUUGUCGCCACACAGCUGGAGCGAUGCAAGCUGGGAUCAGAGGCUGACAGCAUGAGCAGCAUCAGUUCAACAGAUGAGCAGUUUCGCUGGAACGCUCAAGCAGAUGGACACAAGGAUAUCGAGGACGAGUUGACCACUGGUUUGGAGCUGGUAGAUUCCUGCAUUCGCUCACUCCAGGAAUCAGGGAUACUUGACAGUGGAGAACGACCAGCUCUUCUUUCCCAGAGUUCCUUGCAGCUCAACUCCACCCCGGAGGCUUCGCUCCAGUACUCUGCCAGCUACCAUAGCAACCAGACCCUCGCCCAUAGCGACAGCAUCUCCGCAGCAACUCCUCAGCGCAGCGGGCAUGUUGGAGGAGCCGUGCACAGCUACAACCAGGUGACAUCUAGUCGUGCAGCCCAGCAUCAACAAUCACAGAGCGGGGCAGGGUCAGGUAUCUAUUACUCCAGCUCCACCUUACCCGUCCAGCGUGUCGGCUCCCCUCUGUCUGCAGGAGGAGGCUCAGGCUCAGGCUCCGGCUCCCCAGGUAAACUCCAACGCCUGGGAUCCUCCUCUGAAACCCCGGGGUACUCUACCACUCAACGCCUGCCCUCCUCCUCCUCCCCCAGCAAACCGUCUCCUGGUACUCGCCUGGCCAAGUCAUACAGCACUACAGUUGCUGUGACAUCAGCGGGAGGGGGCGGGUCUCCCCUAAGGGUCGCAUCUCCACCCAACUCUACAUCUGGGGGAGGGGCCAGCUCAUCAUCGUCCCCUCUCCACCAGAUGAGUUCAGGCAUAGGGAGCUAUGCCACUUUGUCUCCCAAACGCCUGGCAGCUCACCACGCUUCUGACCAGUACAAGAUCAACCACGAGCUCUACGCUACAGCGACUCUGCAGAGGCCUGGCAGUCUGGCAGGCUCUCGUGGAUCCUACAGUAGUCAGCACAGUCAGGAGCCCCUUCGGCCCCUGGGGUCCCCAGAGCACCAUAUAGAUCCCAUCUAUGAAGAGCGUGUCUACCACAGCAAGGGCCCUAUGAGGAGCCUUAGCCAGGGCCAGGGGCCGGACGCAGGCCCCUACCGCAACAACACCGCUCCAUCCUCCCCUGGUGUUGACUCCGCCCCUUUGCAGCGCACAGCAAGUCACAGCGCAGGGACAGGAAACUACAGCCGUGGCGGGAACAACAGCUAUGCCACGGUGGGACCAGGCUACACCUCAAGCGUUGUUGGAGACAUGUAUGGCUCGGACCCCUAUGUGGCGGACCCUUACCGCACCCUGCAGUACUGCCCCUCGGUGGUGGAUUCGCCCUACAGCAAGUCAGGACCCGCCCUGCCGCCUGAAGGCAGCCUGCAGCGCUCACCAUCCAUUGACUCCAUUCAGAAAGAUCCAAGAGAGUUUGGGUGGAGAGAUCCGGAGCUGCCAGAGGUGAUCCAGAUGUUACAGCAUCAGUUCCCAUCGGUGCAGUCCAACGCUGCUGCCUACCUACAGCAUCUCUGCUUCGGAGACAACAAGAUCAAAGCCGAGAUCCGCAGACAAGGAGGCAUCCAGCUGCUGGUGGACCUGCUGGACCACAGGAUGAGCGAGGUGCACCGCAGCGCCUGCGGAGCCUUGAGGAACCUGGUGUACGGCAAGGCCAACGACGAGAACAAAGUGGCCCUGAAGAACUGCGGGGGGAUCCCUGCCUUGGUCCGCCUGCUGAGAAAGACCGGAGAUGUGGAAAUCAGAGAGCUGGUCACAGGUGUGCUGUGGAACCUGUCGUCAUGCGAUGCUCUGAAGAUGCCGAUCAUCCAGGACGCCCUGGCCGUGCUGACCAACAGCGUCAUCAUCCCCCACUCCAACUGGGACUCCUCCCCCAAUCACCAUGACGACCGCAAGCUCCAUCUUCACACCUCGCAGGUGCUGCGCAAUGCUACAGGCUGCCUCAGGAAUGUAAGCUCCGCAGGUGAAGAGGCGAGACGAAGGAUGAGGGAGUGUGACGGGCUGACAGAUGCUCUGCUCUACGUCAUCCAGACGUCUCUGGGCAGCAGCGAGAUCGACAGCAAGACUGUGGAGAACUGUGUGUGCAUCCUGAGGAACCUGUCGUACCGUCUGGCUGCGGAGACGUCUCACGGCCAGCAGGUGGGGUUGGAGGAGCUGGACGGCCUGCUCUGUGACGCCAACGGCCGCGACGGAGAGAGCUCUGGCUGCUGGGGCAAGAAGAAGAAGAAAAAGAAGGGAUCUGAUCAGUGGGAUGGCGUGGGCCCCUUUCCGGACACAGCGGAGCCCCCCAAAGGAGUUCAGAUGCUGUGGCACCCCACCAUCGUCAAGCCCUACCUCACCCUGCUGUCUGAAUGCUCAAACCCUGACACCCUGGAGGGAGCAGCCGGUGCUCUGCAGAACCUGGCCGCAGGCAGCUGGAAGUGGUCGGUGUACAUCCGGGCUGCUGUGCGCAAGGACAAAGGCCUCCCCAUCCUGGUGGAGCUGCUGAGGAUAGACAACGACAAGGUGGUGUGUGCCGUGGCCACCGCUCUCAGAAACAUGGCCCUGGACAUCAGGAACAAGGAGCUGAUUGGUAAAUAUGCCAUGCGAGAUUUGAUCCAUCGGUUACCAGGCAGUAGUAGUAGCAGCAGCAACAACAACGCCACCAGCAGUGGGACCUCCGGGACCACCGGACCUCCCAGCAAGGCCAUGUCCGACGACACGGUGACUGCCAUCUGCUGCGCGCUGCACGAAGUCAUCACCAAGAACAUGGAGAACGCCAAAGCCCUGCGUGAUGCUGGUGGCAUAGAAAAACUCAUCGGCAUAGCCCGCAGCAAAGGAGACAAACACUCGGCCAAGGUGGUGAAGGCAGCCUCUCAGGUCCUCAGCAGCAUGUGGCAGUACAGAGACCUGCGCUCCCUCUACAAGAAGGAUGGUUACUCCCAGUAUCACUUUGUGGGCUCUGCCUCAACGAUAGAGAGAGACAGACAGAGGCCCUACUCCUCCUCACGAACUCCCUCCGUCUCCCCCGUCAGGACGUCCCCCAACAACCGCUCUGCGAGCGCUCCAGCCUCCCCCAGAGAGAUGAUGAGUCUGAAGGAACGCAAGAUGGACUACGAUUCCACGGCAACCAACGCUGGUUUCCAUAAACAAGGAGAGCACACAUCCCGGAAAGACGGCAUGGCAGUUCAAGUGUCCUGUGGAACAUCUACAUUGUUCCGAAACUCUUACCUGACCGCCAGCGAUGACAUCAAGCAAAGCCAGGCUCCAGCCCAGCCCUGCGUCGUGCCCCCUGUGCCCCAGCAGGACAGCCCGUCAUCAACCUUGCUAAAAGACUACGACCCCUACCCUCCCCCUCCUUCCUUCCCCCAGCCCCAGCCGCCGCAGCCUCCCCCUCACAGCCAGAGCCGGAGCUUUAAUGAAGUGUACUACGAGGACCAGGGACCCCCAGCUCCUCCCUCCCAGCCCCAGCCGCAGGUCCAGGCUCAGGCCCAGCCUCAGGCCCAACCCCAGCAGCCCCCAAGCUCCAGCACCGCCCCCCGGGACCCGCGGGAGGACCUGCGCAUGCAUCUGGGCCUCAAAUCCACCGGCAACUACGUGGACUUCUACUCGGCCUCUCGGCCCUACAGCGAACUGAACUACGAGACCAACCACUACCCGGCCUCACCCGACUCCUGGGUCUAGUCAGACCACGACCAUGGGGGGGCAAGAGAGAGUCUGUGUGUGAGUGUGUGAAAGGGAUUAUUUUUGAAAGAGAUCAACAUCAGAUUAUCACAAGUAGACAGCAAGUGGCGUGUUGAAACUGGAUCUUGUAGCCAGUGGCAGCACAUGUGUGUUCACUAGAAGAAGGGGGAAGCUAGAUGGGGUUAAGGAAGGAAGUCAGGUUGAGUGACAAAGAGAGGGUGUUUCUCAAUCUCGAGUAAAGCUGCUCCAGAGCCACUAUUUCAAGCAUACUACGUCAUCGAGUGCCGCCGAAAUCCUGUACCAAUGUCCAGCAUACUUGGAAUUCUACCGAGCCCGGCGUACUUCGUUUGGAGACAUUUCGAGCCUGCACAUGAGUAGACUUUGCGGUCUUAAAAUCCCCACAAUGCUUUGCACACAGACCAAUUUCCCCAAAUCUGUGGCGGAAAAUGUAAGGCGGGGCCUCUCAGAUGACGCACACUUGCUCGCCUGUUCCAUUCUUCGUUUUCCGAGGCUAGGAAGUAUUCUUGCCUCGCUUCUGAAGCAAGCGUACUCGACAUUGAGAAACACCCAGAGACUGUGCAUGUGCAUGCGGACAUUUUCCCUUUUUCUUUUUCCCCCAGACAGCUUUAUUUCUUCAAAGUCAGCUCCAUUGCACCGGUGAGUGGAUAAGGGGGAGAAGGUAUGAAGAAGUGUGUUUGAAAGGGUGAGAGAGGAGUGGGCCGGAGAAUAUAGAAAGAGAUAAGAGGACCAAGCAGAGAAGAGGAACAAGAUGGGAUCAGGAAAUAAUGGGGAGCAGAUGAGGGAGAGCUCUUACUCUGUAGGAGCAGAAAGGGUCCUGACCUUUUUUCUGAAGACAGAAGGAAUGUGAGGGAGGCAAAGAUGGCAUGAGGGUUCUUGAGUAGGUCAGAAGGAAUGAAAGCACAGAAAAAGAUGAAAGCACAGGAGGCACAAGGCAAGAAGUGGAUGUUUACCAUUUCACCCAAGUGACAAACGUAGCACUGCUUUUAUCCCCCCCUUUUUUGUUGCCUUGCCGCCUACAGAUGCUUCUCCAACAGUUUUCAAAGAAUGUCAUCUUCAAAAGACUUUUUUUUUAAUCAUUAUUUUACAUCUUUUUUUAUUUGUACUUUUCUAAAUUUUCACAAAAGCAUUUUUAUUUUAUGUGUACAGUUCAAAGGUGAUAUCGUGUGUAUAUUACACAUGUUUUUGAUGGGGCCACUUGUGAAAACAUGAUUUCUUUCCCCCCCAUACCCGACUACUGACUGAAACAACAAAGCAACACACAAAAAAGUGCGAACCCGAGAAGCAGAACAGACAUUCUCAUGAUGGAUGUCAGUGGACACUUUUGUUUUUGCCCUUUUCCCCGCCGGAGAGGAAACCCCGCAGUGUUUGUGUUUUUCUCCAUCAAAUGAAUUUUGUUGUGGACAUGUUCAAACGUCAAGAGCCGUUCAGGGCUGCCACAGCAUCCGAUUGGCAGAACAGCACCGCUCCAGAGUCCCUGAUGACAAAAGUGCUUUUUCACUGCCUAAAGAAUAUUUGUGUAUGUUUAAAGCACACUCUCGGUCUUUGGAAAAUAUUUUCCUUUUUGGGAGCUGAUCUGUUUGACUUUGUCAACUUUCAGUGGUUUCUCAUCAUCACUUGUGCAUCAAAACUGGUCCGUCUCAGAGCCACCGUGACAUUUCAGUGUACAGUAGAGAUAAAGAGAAAGAGAGAGACAUGACAUUGUGCCAAACUUUGACACCUAGUGGACUUUAAAGGGACAUUCUGUCGAAGUUUACAGACAAUGACUGAAUGACUCCCUCUGCUGUUUGUAUUUUCUUGUGUUUUGAUCAGGUGAAGCCGUAAUUAUUGCUGGGGAUCAUGGGUAACAUCUCCCUCCCAUAGAUGUACAGACCUGCCUCUCUGUGUUGGCUGAGCAUGUGUGGGCGUGCUUGUGUAGGGACACAUGUGUGCGUGCGUUUGUGUACGUGUGCAUGUAUGUGACAGGAUGUGUGGCCCGUGUGUGUACACGUAAACUUGAGCGAGCGUAUCUAUGCAUGCAUGUGUAGUAGUGUGUGUGUGUGUGUGUGUGUGUGUGUGUGCCUCUGUUGCGUGUAAGUGCGUGUGUGUUCCUGUAUAAAUCAAUGUCCAAACAAGGCAUUCCUACCGACAGUUUGUCCAGUUUUACAACAUGAAAAACCAAGGUAAAAAUCACUAGAAUGAAUUGUUGAUAUAGAAUGACAAAUCUAUGAAUAUAUGAAUAUAAAUAUAAAUAUAUAUAUAAUUUUUAUGUGCAGAUGUCAGUGUCACUAAAUGCAACAAAUGUUCGCAGAGAAAAAAAUGAUUAUGUGGUAUACAACAGAACUCUUGUUCACUUGACCUGUACGUGGAAGCUGCUGAUCGGGCCCCCCCCAACCCCCUCUCAAUCGAGACAAAAGAGAAAUCCCACCUGAAGAUGCUCAGGCUCUGGUGCGAGUUGUGUGUUAUUGUGUGUCCAUGCUUCUUAGAUGACCCUACUGAGAGACGACCGUACUUGAACACAAGGAAAAUAAAAAGACUCUUUGCAA